AUGUCUCAAAACAUCAAGACAAUACCCACUUCGGAGUACGAUGCUGUGGUCAAGACGGUGCAAACCUAUGUCGACGGCCUGGCUGCUGGCGACAACAAUAUAAUGCGCCAUGCGUUUCACAAGGACGCAACCAUGUAUGGGUUCAUUGCGGACAAACUCUUGGAGGGACCAAUCGCGAAUCUGUACGGCUAUGUCGACUCUGUCGGUAAAGCGCCAAACCUUAAAGCGCGCCUGGAUGUGCUCGGGAUUACCCCAACGACGGCCGUUGUCAAAGUGGACAUGGAGAAGGACGCCAGCGGCAACAAUUACACCGAUUUCCACACGCUGAUAAAGCUAGACAACAAGUGGACAAUCAUAGGAAAGACUUUCCAUACUUACGCCUCAUGA